AUGUCUGACGUGAUUCUGAAUAAUCAAGAGCUCACUAAUGCCAUUGCUGGGUUGAAGCUCGACAAUGAUAAUCUAAGGAGUCACAUUACUCUCAAAAGUCAAGAGUUUGCAGAUGGCAUCGCUCACUUACAGGAGCAACUGCGUGCGAGCAACGUACUUCGUGGUACAUGUACCCUUGCCGAUCCAAUCUGGACUGAGGAGACUGGAGAAGAGAUUGAGAAGAGGAUGGGAGAAAUUGAGCUUCGACCAAAGAAUAGGAGACAAGAAGGUCUGCAAAACCUGGAGAGAGCUCAAGAAAAGCAGAAGGACGCCUACGACCUAAAGAGGUCAGGACCUGCCUACAAUGUUGGAGACAAGGUUCUGAAGCGGAACGCGAGGAAGGACACGCGCAUGGGAGGAAAAUUGGAAGAGAGAUUCGUGGGACCUUACUUCAUCCGGGAGGUCUUAGCCAAGGAUGCAUUCUUGCUGCGGGAUGACAAUGGAAAGGAUCUCACUCAGAAAGUGAACGGAUCCAACCUAAGGCGAGUUAUCAGCCCAAUUAUGCCAUCAGCCGCCUCACUCUCCAAGUCUCUUCCACCAUCACCGCCUCCGCUUCCUUCCUGGGCGGGUGUUUCUUCCGAGCCUUUUCCACCUCCGUUUGUGGGUAACAAGGUGGUGUUCUUGAACAAGAGGGAUGGGAUGAAAGAUCAUUCUAUGUUCUCACAACCAGGAACUUUCCCAAGACCAGAUGGGGAACCACAGAAUGGACGAGAUGAAAAUGUCAAUGGUCGGAGAGGAGAUUUGAGCAAGCCACGUGUUUUAAACAAUGCUGAAUCUCAUAAUCCUCCAGGAAACAGUGAGGACUCUUGCCAACCAAACUACAGUGAUACAGGAAUGCCUUCAAUCCGCCCCAAUGCUCGCAAAAAUCGUGAAAGACAACUGGAAGCUUUGCGGAAGCUAGAAGAACGCCUUCAGACUCUUCGAUCAGUGCCAUCAACAGAGUCCAGCAGUUCAAACUCACGUUUACCUCAGUUUCCCAAAAGCCAUGGGGAGCCCAUGACAUUACAUAUACUGGAUGUUGGUCGUGCCAUUAGUGAUGGCAUUGUGACAUGGCUACCAUUUCAUGGCUUCAGAGAUUUUCAUUCAUCAGCACCUGGUGCCACUGUGAUGUAUACUUUGUCUCUGGGAUGCAAUGAGCUUGUGAUGUUUGGAGGUUUGCUCAAGCAGGAGGGCUUGACAAGAGAUGAGGUGACCAACACCCUGCAUUUCCUGGAAAUGCCACCUAAAGUACCUUGAGCAGUCAUAUCAGGCAUGUCCUACAUCAAUACUAAAGAGAACACCAAGACUGUGAAAUUGAAUGUCUUUAUUUAG